UGUUUCUCAUGAAACACCAGAAGGCUCACUCAAGUUUGAUUCAACGUCUGAAGCUUCGUCGGGCCUAACCUACCAGCCGCCAUGUCCUGGCUAUGCCGAGAUCCGACGAUAUUCGAGGAAGAUCUAGAAGUGCUUGACUUUGAACCGACAGAAAGUCAACUGAUCUCAAUCGAACGCCAACAUAAUGAUCGGUCGGAGAGGCGAUGUCUCGCAUCCAGCAGGCUCAAUCUGAUAUUAGGCGGCCGGGCGGAGUGUCCUUGGGAACAUGAUCCAUCUGCUCUUUCGACGCUACCGUGGUCAUACCAAAUCUUCUCAAAAGUUCAGCGACGCUUUCUCGUUCACAGUGGUAUCGUGAGGACGAUCAAUCGUAACACGAGCUGCAUAUUUUCUCAGAUGAAUUUUGAAUGGAAUUUGAAUGAUUCCAAGGAGAAAUCACUCGUAUACCUCUGUAGGACGACAGCAUCGUGGCCAGGAGACAUGGCUUUAUCCGUGACUUUUAUGCCCAGCACUUUGACUACGAAUGCUGUCUUGUUCGGAUGUGAUCUCAAGAAGCCAGACAUGUACGACGAUCGUAUGACCUUGGCCGAUAUAAUUACUAGUCGACUGAAGAACUCAGAUACCCCAGUGUUUCAUCCGAUGAUGUUACCAACCAUCUUAGCAGAUGUCGAACGAGACAGACAAAUCGAGCUUGUCCGAGAAAAACUGGAGCAACUAGGACGACGAAUCGAUCGCAUUGCCUUCACGAAGCCCGCUGUGAAGACUUUAGCGAUGGUCCGCAAUGAGAUGGGAACUCUCGGUGAUGACGAGAAAACCAUGUCCAAUCCAUUUGGUGCCCAUCACCUUCAGCAGGGCAUGUCAACUUCAUCAGGUUCAACCACCCUCAUUAAGGAUACGGGUCUUGUCCCACCUUGUACUUUUCCAGACGAAGAAAGUCUUCCUACCGCCAAGCUCUGGCAGCAAAUAAGUCGUCUCAGAGUUGGCUUGAGCAACUGGAGGAGACAGCUACUGAAAAUGAUUUCUCACAUCGAAGAUCUCAACAGCGUCGAGUUCGCACCUCGUGGUCCUUUCAACAGCACAUACCGAGAAGACCAAAGACUACAGUUCUCCCUCACAGGAGAGCGAAUCAGAGACAGGCUGCAAGAGCUAGUUGAUGAGUAUGAUGAGUACAUCAGAGAAUGUUCACACAUAAUGGAUGGGUUCAGCUUGGCAACUCAGCUUGAAAUUAGCCAGAUUGGUCGAAGCGAUGCCAAGACGAAUCAAGAGAUAUCACGAGUCAACCUAGAUGUUGCCAAAAUGACCCGUCAAGACGGAAGCAUCAUGAAAUCUAUUGCGGUGUUAGGCAUGAUUUUCCUACCUGCUUCUUUCGCAACGGCGUUCUUCUCUAUGGAUUUCUUCGAUUUUCCCAAAGAAGCAAAAGGUGGAACACUGUCAAGUCUCUUUUGGAUUUACGUACUCGCUGCGAUUUUGUUGACAUUGGGCACGAUGGCAAUCUUCUAUUUCUGCAUCUUGAAGAAGAGGAACAAGGAGGCUGAAAGCGACAGGAGCUCGACAGCAGUAUCAAUGGUCUAAGAUAAUGUCUUCAUUCUUGAAUGUUUCAGCAACUACAAUUUGAGCGGCUGCGAAUUCCUUAUUGAGUGACUAGGCUAGAACUU